AUGAGAGCAGCUCAGAGUCGACAGAAAAGCUGUGCAGAUAAUCAUCAUCGCCAAUUAGAGUUUGAGGUUGGGGAUAAGGUAUUCUUGAGGAUUGCACCCAUGAGAGGGGUUAUGAGGUUUGGAAAGAAGGGUAAGUUAAGCCCUAGGUACAUCGGACCAUUUGAGAUUCGUGAUCAGAUUGGACCAGUGGCUUACAGAGUAGCCCUACCACCCGCACUCUCAGGUGUACACAAUGUUUUUCAUGUAUCUAUGCUGAGGAAGUAUGUACCUGACCCCACCCACGUUAUCGAUUACGAGCCACUUCAUUUUCAGGAAGAUCUGACUUAUACAGAAGAACCGGUACGGAUUGUGGAGAGAAAAGAACAGGUGUUACGUAAUCGGACUAUCCCAUUGGUUAAGGUGGUAUGGAAAAAUCAUGCUAUCAGUGAAGCCUCUUGGGAAUUAGAAGAGGAUAUGCAAGUCAAGUACCCACAGUUAUUCGACGAUGAUCCUAACAGCUUGUGA